CGGCUAACGUGACGUCACAUCGUCGCCAUUUUAUUAACAAAUUCAGUUAUACGACAUCAGAGCGGGUUUUUAUCGCGUUGUAUCUUUUGUACCGUUCAAAAUUGAUAAGAAAAUGGGAAAGUCGCGCAGUAGAAGUCGAUCAGCGAGCAAAGUAAGCAAAUCCUCAACAAAACAUAGAAGUAAACACAAGAAACGCCGCACCCGCUCGCGUUCAACGUCGAGGGACAAAAAUCACACGCACAGACGCAGUAGACUACGGUCAAAAUCUAGAGACAGAGAAAGGAAGAAAGCAAGACGAAGGUCCGCAUCUUCUAGCAGUUCCAGCAGUGAUGAUGAUCUCAUUAUCAGAGCAAAACGUAGAGAGGAGGAAGAAAAAAAGUUGGAGUUAGAAAGGCAACGACUGCAGCGACAAAAAGAGCUGGAAGAAAAGCUGAUAGAAGAAGAGGUAGCAAGAAGAGUUGAAGAAUUAGUAGCCAAGAGAGUGGCAGAAGAGUUGGAAAAACGCAAAGAUGAAAUAGAGGCCGAAGUAAGACGUCGUGUGGAAGAGGCCAAACAAAUCAUGGAGAAACAAAUGUUACUAGAGCUGGAACAUCAAAGGGCUUCAGAAAUUGAGUCACAAAAAAGGAAAGAGGAUGAAGAGCGACAGAAGCGACUUGAUCUGGAACGAAUCAUGGAGGAAAAUAACCGUAAAAUAGAGCAAGCUCAGCGCAAAUUGGCUGAAGAGCAGUUAAAGCUGGUAGAGGACCAGCGCAAGAUGUUGGAGGAGAAACAGAAACUAGAGGAGGAGGUGAGACAUCAGACCAGGCGGGAACAAGAGGUCAUCCUCAACAAGAAGAACGCACGCCCAAAACUCUCCUUCAGUCUGGGGGGGAAAUGAUCUGGUGGGGCAGUGAUGAAUGGGGAUUUUGUUCCUUCAGCCUGGGGGGGGAAAUGAUCUAUCAAGUGGUGUAGCGAUGUAUGGGGAUUUCAUUCAGUGUGAGAUUUGGACAGCUUUUUGCUGUCUUUAAAGAAAUCAUGAGUCUGGUGAAAGAAAUUUCUGUUACUUGUUAUCGCAUUGGAAAGUACCGGAUGUUGUGCUCUGUGCUAAUGUACAGCCCUUUCAAGCAUUGUGCUUUUGAAGGGCUUUGGAAUGUUUUUGCUUCCAGUAAGUAAAUUGGAUUUUAAAGGCAGCGAAUCCCUACUACGCCAACAGUCACCUACAGGAGUUCCUCGAGACAUUGAGUGGUUUCCAGCUCCAGUAAAGGCGUGUGACCAGUGUGCAUGCCACCAUGAACUCUCCUUUCCUGCUCACCAGAAUGCACUGCAUUAGUGAUAGAACAAUUGUUCUUGUCCUCCAUUUAUAACUACCAAGAACUGGGUAUCGCUUUUAUUUGAAGGGGAUAUAUACAAUAUUAAAGGGUGGGCAAUUAUUUUCAAAUAUAAACAAUUUCUUGUUAAGCACCUGGCAAUCUACUGAUGCCGAGAGUUAUUUUAGCUUUUGGCCUGUUCAUCCUACAAAGCUAUGAUACUUGCAUGAUUAAUGUCUCAAACCAUCACCCAGGGUUUUCUUGGCCCGAUUUUAUAGCCGAAAUUCGGCUAUGUUCCAAAUCCCAAAAAGUAUACUUUUUUCUCAAAUUGUGGCAAAAAAUUCCCAAUUUCCAAAAAAAAAUAAAAAAAAAUGUUUUUUUUAGAAAGAAGACUUAUGCGUAUUUUAUCUCAAUUUCAAUUCAAUUACAUCUAACAAAGUAUUAUAUGAUUUUGUUCUUUUAAUUUGAAUGAUUAUAAAGAGUUAUAUCAAAUUUAGUAUUUCCCUUAUCAGUGGACUUUUCAUGUGGAAAAAAAGCUAAUGAAUUUAUUUUCCCAAUUUCAUGAAAAUGCCGAUAAAAUUCCCAAUUCCAAAGCCAUGGGCUAUCUUCCCAAAAAGUGGAAAAAAAACCUGCAUCACCUCACCUGACCUCUUUUUGACCUUAACAUUGACAUACUUUAGGGACAUAGAUUUAUUUAGAAAGGCAAAAUUCUGUGUGGACCUAAAAUUGCGCGUUUUGUCUAAAAUCAUUACAACUACAAACUUUGAUAUUUGCAUGCAUGAUGUCUUGGAACACCUGAACUCGUUUUGGUUUACCCAAUAAACUGUUCACUUUACAACAAUCAUGCUAAAUGCUGUGAUACUUAAUUCAACACUCGACUCACACACAUUACCUCCUUUUGGACUUCACAUUGACAUAGUUUUGGACUUUGAGUUCCUCAAAUGGGCUAAUCAAUUAAUACUGAGUGGCUUAUGUGUUUAUUGAACAAAGCAUCAUGUUAUUUUGCCAAAAAUGGGUAUGAGAGUGAAUUGUUAUUUAUUGUUUAUGUACUGACGUGUCUGAAAAUCCAAUUAAUUUUCUGUGCAUAAUAGUUUUUUGCACUCUCUGUUCACUUUUCAAACCUGAUUUAUUGUAUAUAUUCCCUUCAAAAGCUGCUAGUCGCAUCAAGAAAAAGUCAGUAGGGUUUGAAAUGGUAUCUUCCUGAGUACUUGUCAUUUAUUCUUUUCAAAGUGAUUCUUUACAUUUCAGCCAAAAACUUGGUUUAAAAUAGUAUUCAAUUUCACUGUACACAUAUUUUCCAAAUUGGCACUGCAUGUCUUUUUUAUCUGUGGUGCCCAGAAAUUAAUAAAGAUAUAUUCUUCUAAACUUCUCCAUUGGACAUGAUAAGAGUGAUGCAGAUGUAAAGAAUUCAAUUUGUUCAAAUAUUUAUUCAUUCUGAUGUUUUAUUUUCAGGAACACAGUUUUACACUGAUUUAUUUAUUUCUUAUGUAUUAAGUAGCGUUAUUUAUCUUUAUUCGGAUGACAAAUAUAUGAAAGCUUUGGUAGACUAGGUAGAAGAAAUGGUAAGUAAACAAUACACAAAAACCUGUGAAUCUAACUAAAAUUUCAAAGUCAGAGAAGGCAUUGGUAAAACUAUUGAGCUUAAAUUUGACUGAUGGGUUUUUAAACAUUUAAUAUUGAUAACUUCAUAACAAGCAAGGCAGUUUCAUAAAUUGGUUUUCAGGUAAGUUUAUAGUGCAUGAUUCUGCUUGUACUGUGCAUUUUGGUUAUCCUCAUUUUAUCAGAAUCUUAGAGAAUCUUAAUGCAUGCAAGUAAAGUAUCAUCCCAGAUAAGCUUGUGUUUUCAUCAGCUUGUGUUUUCCUCACCUUGUGUUUUCGUCAAAGACAAUCAUGGACGACACUUUCCAAGUUUCAUGUAGACGAAGUCUCUUCUAAACGAAAAUCCUAUGUAGGUGGAAAGUGCGUCCCUGAUAAGCAUGUGCGGACUCCACAGGCUAAUCUCUGACAACAAUUUUGCACAUGCAAUCAGCCCAUUUUAAGCUCUCCCAGUCUAAACUGGGGAACAUAUUGUUUUGGCCCUGUCUGUUUGUUAGUUUGUUUGUGUCAAACUUUAACAUUUGCCAUAAUUUUUGCAAUAUUGAAGGUAGCAACUUGAUAUUUGACAUGCAUGUGUAUCUCGUGGAGCUGCACAUUUUGAGUGGUGAAAUGUCAAGGUCACCCUUCAAGGUCAAAUAUAUGGGGGGGACAUGGUGUUUCACAACACAUCUUGUUGUAUAUGUGGCUCAUUUGUAUUCUGUCUCUUAUUCCAGGUUAAUCAAUCUUGACAGGUGUCUAUGUGGACUUUAUGUCAUUUAACUUGUAUCCACUGGUUGUUAUCAGAUAAUUAAUUAUACAGAUCUAUAUCUUUUUGUUUUCAUUUCAUGACAUUAUGAGAAUAAAAUAUUUUUCAUAUUAUUGAAAUUUUGUGUUGUUUUAAAACUACAGGUGUCGCAAACAUUUUCAAUUUGUUGACAGAUUUUAAUAAGCAAUUCAUGCUGCAAUUAAUUGGAUAUUCUUCUUUUUUGAAGGCUUUAUUUUACUCCUUACUGGCAAGAAAAACGUUUUUACACAUUUGUUUAAAAAUUAAAAUAAACCUAUUGCGCAACUUUUUGUUUUUAACUUCAUUUAUUGUGCUUAUUAAUGUUUCUUAUUUAAUAAUUUGUGGCUUAAAAAAUCCAGGCAAUUUUUUUUUAACAAAAUGUGUACCUUUUUUAACAUAUCAGUGAUAAUAGUUUAAUUAUCUGAUUUCUAUAGACAAUGUGUAUAACAAACAUAUGAUAAAACUACAACAUCCUGAAUAACUUCAUUGAAAAAGUAUUUAAUGGGAGUUGGAUGUUUUUGUACAAAUUAAUAAUUUGUCUCCAUACUUAAAACAUAACAAAUUUUACAAAGUAUAAUUAUUGAUGUGCAGUUAAAAAAAAAAAUUUUUUAAGCAAGUCAAAAAGCAUCCAAAUGUUUUCUUAAUUUAAUAUUGAGUGUGGAUGUAUUGCUUCCAGAUGAUGUAAAUAUUGUAAAGCUUCACAAUAUAAUUAUGUUGUACAUUACCAGGUUCUAUAUAUUCGCUAGGUAUUGUUCUGUGUUUAUCUGUUUGGAAUGUUGAGUACGCUGUUUGUGUCAUAAUCCUUGCAAUAAAGCUGUUCAACCACUUCUGGCAUGAAAAUUGUUUUGAUACAAUCUUGACAGAAAUGGGCAAUGAAAUGUUUUGAUGUACAGUUGUUGUAUAAUAAUUGCAAGUUAUAGCAUUUGUUUUAAGAAUGUUAAAAUGUUAGUCACGGACAUAGUAUUUAUGAUCAUCUGUUAUAAAUUGUUUUGCUGUGAAAAAUUGACAUGUAAAAUAACUAGAAUGUAAGUAAAUCCUCAAACAACA